ACGGAAAUGAUGUCAAAAAGUUUCUCCGACAGCCAGUGUGUUGCUGAAACACGGAGAUCUUCGAUAAGAAUGACUUCUGUUAGUCGUAAAAACAGAGGGCAUGACUUCGUCAAAAAGUACCAGAGUCACUUGGAGAGCCGAAUUGAGAAGGGGGAUCCGAGUUUGGUAUGCAGAGAUGAGAAGAUCUGUAAGGAAGCGGAGGCGCUCCUUACCAAAGGCAAUGCCCAGAAGAUCCUUAAACUAGAUUGUCUCGAUUUACUGACAGUAAUGGAAAACUCACUCCAAGCAUUUCCUUUCAAAACUGGCCUUUUGGGUCUUGAAAAAAUGUCCAAGGCCUUCGAAGUGUUGGAGCUUGCUGCAUUAAAUCUCUAUUUGUACCCAUGGAGAAAGGAAUACAAAUUUGUAAAGAUGUUUUCAGGCAUGUUCACACAUUUUAUCAAACCUGCACUAACCCUAACGCAGGCCAGAGAGCUGUUUGGGUUCCUUGGAUAUCAGCCUGCAAGCCAUAAUGAGGAAGAAGAGUUGGAACUAGAUUCCAAACCAGUUCCUGCGGCUGUUAUACUUUGCCUGGCAAGUGCCUUCUUCGCGGCUCGUAUAGAGUGUCAGCUGCUCAUUUCCAACUUAGGCUCUGUGGACACAAGUGUAGAGUCGGCUCUUCAGAUAGUUAAAGAGAGGCAGGAAGGCCGCAGCCUUUCUGUAGCAUUAGAUAACACUAAGAGAAAGUUAGAGGCUAUUUAUGCCUCAGAUGGCAAACAGACAGAGCUGGAUCUGUACACAGAUGAGAACUUGCUACAGGAAAAUGCUAGUCACAUGGCAUCUACUUCUUCGCCACCUCGCCCUUUCUAUAUGCAAUCAAAUGAAACCCUCCUAAACGAGACUUUACACAGAGACCCCUCCCAAUCAGACUCCUUGAAUAAUAAAAUCAUUGGUCAGGAACCAACACUUUAUGCCUCAGGGUUUCAGUGCCAGUUCAAGAACAGUGUCUCGCUUUCACAGAAUCCAGGACCACUGGAAAGCAUUGGUAAAGAACACAUGGCGGGUGAUCCUGAGAGACAAACAGCAGAAGUGGGAGGAGUGAUGUGCAGCUGUACCACGACAACAUCUUUGUAUAUGCACUUAUGUGAAAAUUGCAGUAACAUUCACAGAGGGGAUUGUGAGUAUUACAAGAGUUGUAAAGCCAGAGGACAUACAUUAGCACUGUGCACAGAUAAAGUUGGACAGCAACAGGAAAAUAAUGCACUGAAGACACAUCAAUGUAUGGAAAAACCAACUUUGGAUACCUUUCUGGUAUGCAACAACUGCCAGUUAAUCCAUGACCAUAGCUGUACAGACAUUAUUGUAUGCCAAUUGCAGCAACACUAUGUACAGCCUACAGGUAAAAUACUGCCUGUAGUUAAUGCUCCAAAAAGGCACACCUGUCUAACUCCAGAGGCUCCAGUAUACGUUAUAUGCUCCACAUGUAACAACGCCCAUGAUUGUCUAUGUACACAAGUGAAAAAUUGCAAAGAUUAUCUGCAUGAGGUGCAGUACCUUCAAGAAUUAGGUGAUUCAGAAACACACAACACACCAAUGGAAUUUCACCACUGUUGCGCUGCUAACCAUCAGUCGCCUGAAAUUGCAUGCCUAGUAUGUAAAGUGUUUCAUGCAUCUUUAUGUCCUGAUAGAAGGAAGUGCUCUUAUAAACACAAAAUGCAUCACCUUGGGAAUACAUGUGUGACUUGUCACAGUCAGGAUGUUUCAGUCUUAUGUAGGUAUUGCUGUCUCCAGUAUUGUAAAAAAUGUUGGUUUAAAGAGCCUAUGUCAUGUAAGUGUGGGAAUCCUUUUCAAAGUUAUACUGCAGUUUAACAUCAUCCACACUUUAAUUGACCACGGCCACUGUUUAUAAUAUUCAUUCUUUAUCACAUUAAGCCAAAUUAAACCUGUUCUUAUUAUAUGCAUGUGUUAGUUUGCACAAUAAGUCUCAUAAGUCUCUUACUUUCUUGUUCUUUUAUGUGGCACUUGUUUCCUCAACUUCUAACAUAUUCCAAUAAUAGUAACCUGGUGUAGAAAUGUAGUAUAAAACUGAUGGUCCUAGUCACAACUCCUAUAUGACAUAACUCCUUGUGGCUUAGAUUGAUGUCCUUAAAUAUUAUCAGUAAAUAUAAUUUACAGAUUCUGAUGUUGCGAUAGUUUAUUGCAAUUUAUAUCACAAUAAAGCACUAAAACUGAACUCUUCUU